AUGGCAGCCGCGAAGAACGGCGGCGCCGUCGACGUGUCGCACGACCCGUACCUGGAGCCCGUCGCUGCUGCUGCUGCCGAACCGCGGGACGACCACCAGGGCGACUUCCUCACCGACAAUGAGCAGCAGAACCUCGCGCGCGGCCUGCACCAGCGGCACAUCAGCUUGAUCGCCUUGGCCGGCGCUAUCGGCACAGGUCUGUUCCUCGGUCUUGGAGGCUCGAUCCAAACCGGCGGCCCUCUCGGCGCGUUGCUUGGCUAUGCCACCGUCGGCCUGAUCGUGUGCGCCGUGCAGUUCGCCCUGGGCGAGGUCACGGCCCUGCUGCCCGUCACUGGCUCCUUCGUGCGGCAUGCCGAGUUCCUCGUGGAUCCGGCCCUGGGCUUCGCCAUCGGCUACAACAUCGUCUACGGCAACUGGCUCUCCAUCCCGGCCGAAAUCUCGGCCAUCUGCGUCCUCUUCCAAUUCUGGACCGACAUAAACAGCGCCGUCUGGAUCAUCCUCAUCAUCGUCCUCACCUUCGCCGUCGGCAUCUCGCUGAUCCGCGUCUACGGCGAAGUCGAGUUCUUCUUCGCCGUGCUCAAAAUCAUGCUCAUCAUCUUCCUCAUCAUCCUCGGCCUCGUCAUCAACCUCGGCGGCAUCCCCGGCGUCCCGCGCCUCGGCUUCCACUACUGGAAGCAGCCGGGCCCCUUCGUCGAGUACAUCGGCACGGGGUCAUGGGGCAAGUUCCUGGGCUACUGGGCGGUCAUGAGCAACGCGGUGUUUUCCUUCGCCGGCGUCGAGUCCGUCGCCAUGGCCGCGGCCGAGACGCGCAACCCCCGCACCGCCAUCCCCAACGCCUGCAAGCGCGUCUUCGCGCGCGUGUCGCUGUUCUACAUCCUCGCCGUGCUCAUCGUCGGCAUGCUGGUAGCCAGCGACGAUCCCAGGCUCUCCGACGAGAGCGGCACCGCGGCGCAGAGCCCGUUCGUCAUCGCGGCGAGCGGCGCGGGCAUCAAGGCGAUACCGUCGGUCGUCAACGCCGUCGUCAUCACGUCGGCGUGGUCGUCGUCGAACCAGGCGCUGCUGGCCGGCACGCGCGUGCUGUACGGCCUCGCGCUGAAGGGGCAGGCGCCGGCGGCGCUGCUGCGGACGACGUCGUGGGGCGUGCCGUAUGUGUGCGUGUUGAUCCAGACGGCGUUCAUGUUUCUCGCGUUCAUGAGCUUGUCGAAUGGCGCGUUGACUGUGUUUUAUUGGUUUUUGAACCUCACCGCGUGUGGUGUGUUGAUUAGUUGGAUUACGAUUUUGGUUAAUCAUCAGCGCUUGAUUUUGGCGAUGAAGAAGCAGGGGUUGCCGUUGUCGUCGCUGCCGUGGCAUAAUAGUUGGACGACCUUCUCCACCCCCGUCGCCCUCUUCUUCUGCGUCGUCAUCCUCUUCACCGCCGGUUUCGCCGUCUUCACCCGCGGCAACUGGUCGUCGAGCUCCUUCAUAUCUUCGUACCUCGACAUCGGCCUCGUCCUCACCGCGUUCCUGCUUUGGAAGUUCAUCAAGAAGACCAAGGUCGUGAACCUGGAGGAAAUCCCGCUGCGGGAAGCGCUGGCCGAGGUCGAUCGCUUCCCGGAGACGCCCGAUCCGCCGAGGAAGGGGUGGAAGAACGAGCCGCCCAUCAAUUCCUCCAAGUUCGUCAGCUUCGUCGACGCCAUAAAGUUCGACGACAUCGAUCAGGAGGUCACCCUCCGCGGCAUGCAGAUGAGCGAAAACGUCGCCGUCACACCGCUGGCUGCGACCAGCAAGGGCACCCGAUACCGUCUCGUUCCCGAUCCCUUCAGUUUAGACCCUGAUUUGAAGAGUUACCGAAGAGCCCGCGCAAUGAUCGACGACGACGAAGACGACGCCGGUGGCCAUGCUUCUGGUAGCUCUGCGUCCUUCCAGAUAUCUCGCCAUCAGCACUCCGUGGGUUUGGUCAAUACAGUGCUUGAUGAGCGUGGAAAUAUCUUGCGCACGAGGGUCAAUGAUGAGGGCGCGAAGCUGGGCACAUCACUCACACCGACAUCGACACAGUUGCACUAG